CCCUGGCAGCAUGUGGAUACUCGUGCUGCUGUGGCCCGUGGUGCUGGGGUUCAGCCUGGAAGAUGACAGCCAGAACACCCUCACCUACGACGAGAUGGGGAGCACGGGGGCAGAUGGCACAGUGGGGCCCUUGAGCGGGCCCCAGGAGAAGACCCCUCACUCACCCCACCUGCGCAGCUUCCCCGGCCAGCUCCAGGGCAACAGCAGCAACAUUCUGGAGCUCCCAGACAGCUCUCGGGCCCUGCUGCUGGGCUGGGUGUCCACGAGGCUGGUGCCCGCGCUCUACGGGCUGACCCUGCUGGUGGGGCUGCCCGCAAACGGCCUGGCGCUGUGGGUGCUGGCCACCCGGGUGCCGCGGCUGCCCUCCACCAUGCUGCUGAUGAACCUGGCGGCCGCCGACCUCCUGCUGGCCCUGACGCUGCCGCUGCGUGUCGCCUACCACCUGCAGGACCAGCACUGGCCGUUCGGCGAGGCCGCCUGCCGCGCGACCACCGCCGCGCUCUAUGGCCACAUGUACGGCUCCGUGCUGCUGCUGGCCGCCGUCAGCCUGGACCGCUACCUCGGCGUGGUGCACCCGCUCCGGGCCCUCACCCUGCGCGGCAGACGCCUGGCCGCUGGGCUCUGCGUGGUGGCCUGGCUGGUGGCCGGCGCCCUGGCGCUGCCCCUGGCGCUGCAGCCGCAGACCUUCCAGUUGUCGCACUCGGACCACGUGCUGUGCCACGACGCGCUGCCCGUGGGCGCCCAGGCCUCCUACUGGCGACCCGUCUUCCUCUGCCUGGCCGUGCUCGGCUGCUUCCUGCCGCUGCUGGUCAUGCUGCUGAGCUACGGGGCCACCCUGUGCGCGCUGGCGGCCGGGGGCCCGCGCUACGGCCACGCACUGAGGCUCACCGCGCUGGUGCUGGCCUCGGCCGUGGCCUUCUUCGUGCCCAGCAACAUACUGCUGUUGCUGCACUACUCGGACCCGCGCCCGGACGCCUGGGGGGACCUGUACGCCGCCUAUGUGCCCAGCCUGGCGCUCAGCACCCUCAACAGCUGCGUGGACCCCUUCAUCUACUACUACGUGUCUGUGGAGUUCAGGGACAAGGUGCGGGAGGGGCUGCUCUGCGUAGCUGGGGGCGCCUCCGCCACCUCCAGGGAGGGGGGCGCCCAGGGCACUCGCACCCGGUCCACCUCACUCGUGUGAAGGCUCCCCAGAAGGCGGGGCAGGUGGAGAGGGGGUCGUGCGGGGUCGAGCGGGGCCCCCUCCUGAUUCAUGUCUACCGGGAACCCCUGAAUGUGAGCUUAUCUGGAAACAGGGUCUUUGCAGGUGUUACUAAAAUUCGGUCAUACUGGCGUAGGGGAAGCCCUAAAUCUGCCGUGACCAGUGUCCUUAUAAGGAGAGGCCCACAGGCACACAGGGGAAGAGGCCAUCUGACCACGAAGGCAGACAUUGGGGUGAACAAGACGACUGCUAGCAGCCACGAGAAGCCGGGACGGCAGCCUGAGACGCCCUCCCUCGGAGCCCCCCCCAAAGAAGCGAACCCUGCCCACAUCCUGAUCUCAAGCUUCUGGCCUCCAGAAU